AUGGCUGUGUCCUCUGUGCUUCUCUUCAGGGGCUACACACUCUGGCAAGGACUCCUGCUCACAGCCUCUCUUUUAACCUGUUGGCAUCUGUCCACCACUGUCAAAAUCUCCAUUGAGUCAGUGCCAUCUCAAGCGAUUGAAGGAGAAAACGUUCUUCUACGUCCCAGCAACCUGCCAGAGGAUAUUCUAGCUUUUGCCUGGUUCAAAAGAGUGAAGAGAACGAGGCAUGGAAUUGCACUAUAUUCACUGACCAAAAAUCUAAGUAGGCCAGGGCCUCAAUACAGUGGUAGAGAAACUUUGUAUAGCAAUGGAUCCUUGUGGCUCCAAAAUGUCACUCAGAGGGACAAAGGAUUCUACGUCCUACGAACAAUAAAUAGAAGUGGAAAAAUUGCAUCUACGACAGCCAUGUACCUCCAUGUGUACAGCUCCCUUUUCGCCUGUGAGCGUCCUCACCCCUCUGCCGUGCCCACUAUUGAAUUAGUGCCAUCCAAUGUUACCGAAGGGGCAAAUGUUCUUCUGCUUGUUCACAAUGUUCCCACGAAUCUUAAAUGUCUUUUCUGGUACAAAGGGGUGAUUGCGCUCAAGAAGUUUGAGGUUGCCCACCAUAUAAGAGGCAUAGAUUCAAGCGUGCAAGGUCCUGCACACAGUGGCAGAGAGGCAUUGCUCAGAAACGGAUCCCUGCUGUUCUACAAUGUCAUGUGUAAAGACACUGGAUUGUACACCCUACGAACUCUGAGUACAGAUCUGAAAGCAGAAGAAGCACACGUGCAACUCCAGGUGGACGGUAAUGUGAUGAGUUGCUGUAAACCUUUCACCUCUGCCCAAGUCACAAUUGAAUCGAAGCCUCAGUAUGCUGCGGAAGGGAAAAGCGUUCUUCUCCUAGUUCAUAAUCUGCCAGAAGAUGUUCAAAUAUUUUCCUGGUACAAAUCAGUGUAUAGGACAGACAUCUUUAAAAUUGCAGAAUACAGCAUAGCCACAAAUUCCACCACCUGGGGCCUUGCACAUAGCCAAAGAGAAAUGGUGUACACCAAUGGAUCUCUCCUUCUCCAGGAUGUCACUAGUGAAGACGCAGGAUUUUACAUGCUAGAAACUGUAAGCAGAGACUCCAAAACUGAAAAAGCACAUGUAAAACUCCAUGUGAAGAAGCCUGUGAAACAGCCCUUCGUGCGACUCUCUGACACCACAGUCACAGUACGAAGUUCCGUGGUCCUCACAUGCUUCUCAGGUGACACUGGGAUCUCCAUAAAUUGGAUCCGCAAUAACAAGAGUCUCCCGCUCACAGAGAGAAGGAAGCUGUCCCCAACAAAGUGCCAACUCACCAUAGAUCCUGUCAGGAGAAAGGAUGCUGGAGAGUAUCAGUGUGAGGUCUCCAACCCAGUCAGUUCAAAGACCAGUCUUCCAGUCAGGCUAACUGUGAUGAAAGAAUGA